UGGGGGGGGUAUCUUCUUGCAGGCUGGCUGGAGGGUGGAGACUGUGGCAGCGGCAGCCUCGGAGAGGGAGGCAGGGAGGAUCUCAGCCAGGGAGGCGCAGGGACGAGCAGGACGGCGUGGAUGGAAGCUCGACUCCGCUGAACUGGAUGUGUUGCGGCUCCACGACAGGACAAGAUCUAAAGGAGUCAAGAGAUAAAAAUCUUGGAUGUUUCUUCCAGUCUCUGGGACUGUUUCAAGUGGUGUUGUCCAGAGUGGACCGAGCUCGACGCGUUGACUUGAGCUGCAAGAAUCUGAGGCGGCGUGCGGCGGCGUGAGCGGACGAGACCGUGGCCAUGGCGAGCAACAACACGGCCAGCAUCGCACAAGCCAGGAAGCUGGUGGAGCAGCUCAAGAUGGAGGCCAACAUUGACAGGAUAAAGGUGUCGAAAGCAGCGGCAGACCUGAUGUCCUACUGCGAAGCGCACGCCAAAGGGGACCCGCUGCUCUCCCCGGUUCCCGCCUCCGAGAACCCCUUCCGGGAGAAGAAGUUCUUCUGCGCCAUCUUGUGAAAAAAAUAAAAUAAAAUAAUAAACUAAAUAAAAAUACAGAAAAUUAAAGGCAAGACCGCCGACAGCGUGCGUAGGAAAUCUAGGGGUGCUGGGGGUAAGAUUUAGCAACGUUCUAGAAUCUCAUCCACGGAUGGGAAGCGUCGAAGGGAGUUUGCGGGCGGGGGCAUGUUGAGGGGCGGUGCUUGGAUGCUGAAGGCGUGCUGACGGACGACUAUUCAGGCUGUGACGUGUACAAAACUAGCAAACUUUUUGUGGUUUUUGUUUAGAGGUAUGUGUGUGUGGUCGACUGUCACAAGGUAGAACUACAAGCUAAAAACUUCUCUCCCUCCGCUAGACGCCACUCGAUGACCGAUUUCGUCGGUUCUUCUUACCUGGAUCGCUCUUUCUAUUACUCUUAUCUGCUUUAUUUGAUUUUAUUAUGAUUUUUUUUUUUUUUUAACUUAUAAAGCUAGCGACAGCUUUUCAAUGAGUUGUUCUGGAACACUCGAUGGUGUGAUCUUAUGUUCGACGUACAAGUGCUGAGUAAGUUUAGGAAGAAGAAAAAAAAAAAUCCACAGGAUGUUCUGUUUCGUUUCCCAAAACGCAAACCUUCUUUUUACUCUUUGUACAAAAAAAAAACCAAAAACUGAAAUGAUACGCGAGUAAAAACUGUGAUGUGCUGGA